GUCAACAUGGAUCCUGAAAAAUCCGAUGACGAAGAGGAAACAGCGGGUGAGAAAGAAAUUAGUUACAUGGAUUCACAACUUAACGAUUAUAUUGACAAAUUAAAUUCAAAAGUCGAAUUUGAUAAAGUUGCCAAACCGAAUAAAUUUAAUGGUGAAAUUUGGACCAAAUACCUUAAAACUAUCAAGAGUUAUUCGGAUAAAAUGAAACGCAAGAAUGAAAAGACUCAGAGAAAAUGCAUAAAAGAAAUUAUCGAAAAAUCUAUAUCAACAAAAAGUGUUACUCAAAACAAACAAUAUAAGCAAGUUUAUGAUCAUAUAGUUGAUUUAAUUAAAUUAUUUGAUGAUCAUGAAAUUCUGAUAAAAGUUUGGAUAAUUGAAUUGA